AUGGCGCAAGCAGCUGGACGGCUCUCCAUGGCAUCUACUGGAUCUUCAUUAUCGCGAAGACCUCCUAUUCUAGAGCGUAACUUGGGCAAAGGAAAAGCUGGUGAAAUCAGCCUAUCAGCAUACGCAUUCCUCUUCUCUGAAAUGAUGCAGUAUACCCAGAAACGUGUCAAUGGCAUUCAAGAUUUUGAGAAAAAACUAAGCGACUUUGGCUACCGAGUCGGCGUCCGUGUCCUCGAACUAACAGUCUGGCGAGAACGCAACGCUCGUCGAGAAACACGGGUACUGGGUGUCCUCUCAUUCAUUCACUCAAAUAUAUGGAAGACCCUGUUUGGCAAACAGGCCGAUGCGCUCGAGAAGAGUACCGAGCAGGAAGAUGAAUACAUGAUAUCAGAUAACGAGCCCCCGAUAUCGAAAUUCAUUGCCAUACCAAAGGAAAUGUCGCAGUUGAAUGCUAGUGCGUUUGUUGCUGGGAUUGUGGAGGGGAUACUGGAUGGGUGUGGGUUUCCAUCAAGAGUCUCGGCACAUUCAACUGCUACGGAUGCUUUUCCAUUACGAACUACCAUCUUGAUCAAGUUUGAUCCUACUGUGAUUGCAAGGGAAAGGACAUUCACCGCCUAA